GCUGGCCUCCGGUGUUCAAGCAACCAGGCCAGUUAGAGGGAGCAGCAUCUGGCACGUCCAUUUGAGAUCGAACGGUGACAGCAAUUCUUUGGUUAUUCCAUAGGCGCCACCAAAAUAAAUGAUGGGAAAAGUGACCAAUUUCUCCUUUGGGGGAAAGGAAAACAGAAAGAGAUAUACAAACAAGAGAACACAGAACCAAGAACAUGUUUGAAAGAGAGACAGAAGAAAGAACGAGAGAGAGAGAGCAGAGCGACGACAAAGAAGCUCGCGAAGAGGAGAGAAAGAUCGAUUGAUAUAUUUAUAUGAGGAAAGGAGAAUUAAGAAAAUUGAUCUGGGUUUCCUUUGUUUUCAAGAAAUCUUCUCAUUUCCUAUGACAAGAAUCUCAUCUUCUUCAAGUUUCUGGGCUGUCUACUCUGUAAUGGAGUUCUCUUCUUAGUAGUUUGAAGGGGUGGUUUUGCUUUUGAUUUCUCUGCGACAACCAUAGAUCUUGUGGUGAUAAAGAUUUUCCUUUUCAGAUUGAACGAUUUCGUCCAAUGGCAGGGAUGGAGAAGGAAACAAAGAAUCAAAUAUCAGGCAGAGCUCCGGAAACCGAUUUUCUCUUACAGUGGGGGAACCGAAGGAGACUGCGAUGUGUGAAGAUAAAAGAAGACGACGCAUCGGAGAAACCCGACGGUGUGAUUAGAAGGAAAAUCACCUCUCGAGUUGAUCGACGUGUCGUCCGAGGGGAGAAAGAAGCUUCUCUACCUCCUCCGCAACCCAAUCCCAUUAACAGGAACUCGGAAACGGUAGCGCUACCAUCUACUGCAAGCGAGAAUAGAAAGUCGUCUUCGCCGGAGAAGGAGGACAGGUAUUACACAACUAGAGGGUCUUUGGGUUUCGACGACAAUGGCAAGAUUUUCAUGGAUGCGGGAGAGGAUAGAGGGCUUGUCUGGCCCAAGUUGUUUAUUUCUUUAUCAAGUAAAGAAAAAGAGGAGGAUUUCAUGGCGAUGAAAGGCUGUAAGCUCCCUCAAAGGCCAAAGAAAAGGGCCAAGUUCAUCCAAAAGAGUCUACUUUUAGUGAGCCCCGGUGCAUGGCUCUCUGAUCUAUGCCAAGAGAGAUAUGAAGUGAGGGAAAAGAAGACAUCCAAGAAGAGACCGAGAGGAUUGAAGGCAAUGGGAAGCAUGGAAAGCGAUUCAGAAUGAGACAUAUCGUUAGGAGUUCGAUUUUUGGGGGUUUUCCCUUCUUUAUUUUGGAUUUUCAGAGGAGAAUUGUAGGUUAGGCUUAGCGAGGAAAAUUGAAGAAAUAGGGAAGAGAGAGAGAGAAAGAGGAAAGAGAGAGCAAUCUCCGUUUACGUCUGUACAAAAUUGCUUUUCCUUUCCCAUUAGAAAUAAAAUGUUUCAUUUUCUUCCGAAAAA